AUGUUGGUCCGAGCAGCUCGAAGCGCCGCCAGAAACUUCACUGUCACUCGAGUCGUUGCAAAUAAUGGCAUGCCUGGUUCCUUUUUGAAUGGACCGGAAGGACGAACCAUCCCAAAGACUAACAACAUUGGUCCCGAGAGCGCAGAAACUGCUUACAACAGCCACGAAUAUUACAACCACGAUAAAGUUUCCUUUUAUGACGCUAUUGCUGAUUGCAACCACAUGCGAGUUGUUCCACCAGAAGCUGGCAUGAAGGACUACAAGCCAAAGAACGUCGUUGAAAAUUAA